AUGUGUAUUACACAAGCAGUUCCACAAGAUAUGCGAUCAGCAAAAAUGUCUUUAAUGAAUUGUUUCAAAUUUGAAUGUGCUAAUACAACUUGUUUACCAUUCAUUAAUAUCAUUACACAGAAUAGUAUGAAGUGUCAAAUGUAUUGUUUAAGUCAAAUUCAUUGUCGAGCAGCCAGUUUCCAUCGAUCAACUUCUAAUUGUGAAUUAUUUACUGAUAUGUCAAAUCAAAAUGUGAAUGCGGUAGCCGAUAUGGACACUGUUAGUAUGAAUGUUAUUAGUGGAACAAGAUUUCCAUCUGAACCAACUACGACAUCAACAACAACAACUACUACUACGACAACAACCACCACGACAACAAGCAGAACUACAACAACAUCAACAACAACUACUACUACAACAACUGCUACAACGACAACAACAACUACUACCACUACAACAACAACAACAACAAUAACUUGUACUGCUGGAUACGUUCCAACACCGUCAGGAACAUGUGUUAAUACACUAAUUGAUUUUUAUAAUUGUGGAUCAGUCGGUUAUGUUUGUUCAUCUGGUUAUGGCAGUUGCUUAGGUGGCAUAUGUAGUAUAACACGUAGUAUCCGACUUGUUGGUGGUGUUGCUGUUUCUGGGUGGGACGGUUCUGUUAAUGUCGAUGAUGCAACAACAAUAGUCAGCCUUCCACUUACCAUUACACUUUAUAGUUAUUCAAGUAGUAGUAUCACUUUGUCAAGUAAUGGAGUUCUUUGUCUUGGUAGCUGUAGUAGUUCCUUGUCGAGUAGUACUCUUCCGAGUGCAAGUUUUGCUGGUCCAACAGUAUUUGGAUAUUGGACUGACCUAUACAUUUUUACCGGUAUGACGCAAGGACUUUAUUAUGGUGUCAGUGGGUUGGCACCUAAUCGAAUAACAACUUUCGAAAUUAUGGAAGCUCUUAUUGAUAAUUCAUCAUCCUAUAAUCACUAUCAAAUUAUUUUUUAUGAAAAUUUACCAAAUAUUGUUAAAUGUUCUUAUUUUGAAACGUACUCUGGAACUCGUCUACCAACUAUAGGUGUGCAACAAUCGGGAGCUGGGCCACAGAUAACUUAUUCAGCUGGUCAAUUGAAUCCAGUGGCAGCUGGCACAACAAUCACAUUUAAUACAAAUACUGGAACAUAUACUUUAUAG